CUACAACCCGACCAGAGUGAAGCUGAUGAGAUACACAACAGAGGUCUAUACAUAAUACGCAUAAAUAAUAUCGCUGCAUGGCAGUCCGUCUUACUCUCACUCCCAAGACUCACAACGAAAUCAGCCUCGGCCCGCAAAGCCAUGACCGAUCGGCGGUUCGCUUGCAGACGUCGCGCUGGGUAGCUGCAAUCCCAAGUUUGUGUUCCAUCUGACGCAUCUGACAGCCUCACAUCCAUGGUUCGGAUAGCCGCCGGCAUCGCCUCAGCCCGCCAUCCCAGUGACCUGUUUUUGCGACCAGUCAGUCCCUCAAGCUGUGGAGAUGCCAGACGGGAUGCAGAACAUGGGUUCAUCGGGCGCCAAACUUUUUCUCCGACAACCAACACAGUUACACAGCGGGUGAACCCGCCGCGAACGGGUGGACGGACAAUUCAGAGCUUGUUUUCCCUGCAGCAUGGAACGCCAGGCCCGUUCAGCUGCCCCCAAAGCUGUCCACUGCAUGUCUACCAUGAACGGCCCACUGCCGACAAGCCAAUCGGUUCCAACUUCCACCUCUCUCAUCUCACUGCUGGCCAAGGUGCACGUCCCAUGUCUCGUGCCGAACUGUGUCGAUCGCUGUGGGUCGAGGGUCCAGCCCGCCAGCUCUCUAUCUUCAGAGUUUUGCCGGCUGAACCCUCGACGGUCUGACACCCCAAUAAUGGACCAAUGCAGGGUGUUGUUUAGCUUCUUUCUGCUAUUCUUCCGCUCAGCGCACGGCAUAUCCGUCCUUAGCAGCAAUUGUGGCGCCCAUCAAAGUGUGCUGAGCAACCUAUCAAACCCUCCAAC